AUGCGCAAAGGCUCUCUGUUGUUAGCUAAUGACAGGCCGUGGAAAGCGGUCGGCCCCAAUGUCUACUGGCUCGGCCUCGACGAGAACGUGGUGCCUCCCGCAGGAGAACCAUAUGACGCUGCGACCAAGUCGAGUUAUCCCACCAAGGGCCGAAUUACCGACGUAAUGGCGACAGUUCAAGCUCUUGGUGGCACCAUGAUCAGGACACACACGCUUGGCGUCAGCGUUGGGAACCCACUCAGUGUGAUGCCGAAACUGGGAGUCAUCAACGAGGCUGCUUUCGAGGCCAUCGAUUGGGCCGUCUACCAAGCAGGCCUAUUCGGCAUCCGGCUGAUGGUGCCCUUGGUGGAUAACUACGACUACUACCACGGAGGGAAGUACACCUUCCUUCGUUGGGCCGGUCUCAGCCUGACGCAAAACCAGGACAGCAACAACCCGGCAAUUCAGCAGUUCUAUACCAAUGCCACUAUUGUAGCUUCCUUCAAGGACUAUAUCCAGAAGCUAGUCACGCAUAAGAAUCAAUACAACGGGCUGACGUACGCCGAGGAUCCUACCAUCUUCGCCUACGAGACUGGAAACGAAUUGUCAGGCCCGGUCUGGGGAGACAUGAACUGCCCGGGUUCGUGGGUUGAGGACAUCGUUAAGUUCGUAAAAGGUCUUGCGCCAGCAAAGCUGUUUGUCGACGGCACAUAUGGUAUCAAUAAGACACACCUGGGUAUCGAGGAGGCUGACAUCUUCUCGGACCACUUCUACCCUGUCGACACGACAAAGCUGCGGCAGGGCAUUGCAGCCGUAGGAGGCGCGAGCAAGGCGUAUUUUGCUGGCGAGUACGACUGGAUAGGCGGACAAGCCGAGAAUCUCGCAUCCUUCUUUGAUAUCAUCGAAAAGAGCAGUAUGGCCUGUGGCGAUACUUUCUGGAGCCUAUUUGGUCGGAAUUUGCCCAAUUGCAGUGCCUUCGUUAACCACAAUGACGGGUUGACAAUGCAAUAUGGCAACCCAGCAAACUCGGCCCAAGUCAACAGCCGCAUCCAGUUGAUCCGGAAGCAUGGUACAGCCAUGAGCGUAGGAACCGACAUUGGUGCGAACGCCACUUUACCCAGCGUUCCCUGUCCAGCUCCUUCGCCACGGUGA